CCGAGCAUAUUUUGCUUUACUGCAGUCGCGUUCGUCUGAAAAAGAGGUAUAUAGGCUUCAAUAUGGAAUGAUAUCCGCAUAUAGUCAAAUAAAAUUCCCGUCGACGCACCACCAGCGGCCAACUCCACUCAGCAUGUCCGCCAAGGUCGGCACUUAACAAUUAGCGCUGUACAGUUUCCAUUGCAUAUGGCUCGGCAACGCAAACAUUGACUUUCCGUGGCUGCAGAGCGUUCGCAAGAUAUGGACAGCUGCCGCGAGCGACCACGAGACAUGGGCACGGCCAUGGGACGUCGUUUAAAAGCUCUUUCCACGCACGCACUCCCAGGGGAAGUCGGCGCAGCUUCAACACCGAAACAAUUCAUGCUGCCUUCAGUAUGUGUCGCACUGCUCGUCGUCAUCUAUCUGGUCGAUAGAAAUGGUGUGUACGCGAACCCCAAGACAAUGAAGGAUGAUUUUAAUCCCUUGAAGUUCAAGGGCAAAUGGUGGGUGGAUAGCUUCAGCCAAGCUAUCUACGGAGACGCAGAUCGCUGUGCCCAUUUCACGAUUCAAAAAGACCACGACAAUGUCUACAGAAUCAAGGCGGAAUACAUCGACACUGACAACGAGCUUGUGGAAAUGAGCGUCGACGUCAAUGAAGACGACCGGCACCCUUCAAGGUUCAUGCUGAAGAUCAACGCUGAUGUCAUCAUGGAGACGGCCAUUAUCGACACCGACUACGACAACUGGGCUGUUGUCUGGGCCAAGAGUGGAACAGCAGCUGCAUAUCACGUUGUGACCCGAAAGCCGAACGCCGAAGAUCAGUUUCUUCCGGCGAUUCAAGCUGCCCUGGACAAGGAAGGCCUCAAGAAAGAUGAUUUCAAGAAAGUGCCCAACAUGGACUGCUCCAAGAAGGACACAAUAUAAUCGAUGCAGCAAUAAUAAAUAUGCAACAAAAAUAAAAC